GAGAAGAAUUAUAGAAUCCCAUCUCUGGUGUCCACCUAAAGACCGGAUCUAGGGACAUUCAUCGCAUCUUCAUUCUUCACCAUGUCCACAAUUCCUCUCACAAUAAACUGUCUCUGCGCCCUUCACACCUUUAGCACCUUAAUCUCCCCCAGUAGCCUCCCUCUUCGCGCCACAGCCUGCCACUGUACAUCAUGCCGUCACGCAACCGGUGCCCUCUACACCAGCGACAUCAACUGGCCACUCCCAGCCUCCCAAACCCCAAACAUCACCGCGCUCUCAAGCUACGCGCUGUUCCCCACAAUCAACAUUCUAUUCUGUGCAACCUGCUCGUCCCCAUUGUUCUUCCACAAGCCCGCGUCAGACUGGCUCGGCGCAUUCACUGGCCAGCUGCGCAACGACCCGGACCUCGUACGUCUUGAAGACAAUAUUUUCGUCACAGAUACCCGUGAUGGCGGCGCGAGUGCUUGGCUUGGGAAAUGUAAUGCUGAUGGGACAGUGGCGAGGCGGUGGAAGGGGCAUAUUGGCGGCGAGAUGGUGCCGAAUGACUGGCCUGGAGUGGCGGCACUCAAGGGCUCGUACGAGCGAAACGAUGUGCGGGAGCUGAGUGCGCGAUGCCAUUGUGGUGGUGUAGCGUUUACGAUGGCGCAAGGGGAGUAUGAAGGUACAGCGAGGGAAGCGUUGCCUUUCUUUGUAGACCCUGUGAGUAAGAAAAACUUGGGUGGGUUUGAUGCUUGUGAUACAUGUCGGCAGAGCAGUGGAGUGGAGGUGUUCAAUUGGACGUUCUCGGAAUUGUCGUAUUUGAGAUGUGCGGAUGGUAAUCCUGUGGCGAAGGACGUAUUUAGUCUGAAAGACGCGGUAGAUGGGAAGGACGCACGGUUGGGGACGCUGGCAUAUUUUGCGAGUUCUAAGGGCGUACAGCGGUAUUUCUGCUCAAGAUGCUCUGCGUGUGUGUUCUAUGCCGUUGAAGAUAGACCAGUUCUGGUAGAUGUGGCGAUCGGCCUGCUAGAUGCGCCGGAUGGGGCGAGAGGAGACAAUUUCUUGGCAUGGGCGUUUGGCAAGAUUGGGCAGAUACAAGAUGGACAGGGGGGUUGGCGAGAAGGGUUCCUGAAGAAGUCAGAAGAGGAGUGUGAUGCGUGGAGAGAAGAGAUAGGAUAUCCAAAAAAUUGGAGAAGAGUGGAACGGGAGGCGGCCGAGAAGAGGGGUGAGAAGUACUACUGAGAUGUUUCUGUACGUCUGGAAAGUGCAAAUUAAACAGUACUUAUCAUGUGCU